CGCUUCCCUCGCUGCAGAUUUAACUCAUUUCCAUCACCGCAGUCAUCUUUUUUUCUUGCUUUUUACUUGCUGCUUUUGACAGAUGCAUUGCAUUCAUCUAUUUCUGUAUUCAAGGAUCUAAGGAUUUAUUUAUUAAAAACGUGGGUUGUCCUGUUUGAAAGGAAUUAAAAAGGGAACGUUUGCAGAGGACAGUGCUUGAAACUGGGACUCCGACUGGGACUUGGUCUUUUCUUUAUGCUGCUAGAGUGGAUUCCCUUUUGUUGCGCUGCCAGUGUUUUGUUCAUAGCGACAGACAUACUGAGAGAGGAGUUGUAGGACCCCAUACCUCUACAAUUAAACAAAGCACAUGCAUCAAAGGACGAAGGAAGUUAGAACAUCUAUGGUUGUAUGAAGCACUUGAGGAGAAGGUGCUAAGCCUUCUCUGCCAUUGCUUCAGAAUGUCACAACAAAAAUGCAAGUAACACAAUUAUGGGAUAAAUAGGUGGAUUGUAUAUUGAUCCCCACACCCCUCUUUGCAAGUGUCUGCCACGGGAUUGCUGAGGAGUUGAAGUGAGAGGAGCGCUGAGCUAUUCAGCUGGCCUUUCAUUGCUCCAGGAGAGUCCUUCCACCUGUCUGCAUGGGAGUCUUACAUUUAACACUUUCAUCAGCUACUGGACUUUUUCAUUUGUUUUUCUUUCGCGACUUGCAGUCCAGAACACUGAGAGGCAAGUUUGCACAUUUGGAUUUAAACUUUAAAUCACUUUAAUAGCAAAACUCAUCCAGACAUUUUGAAGCGCUUGGUUUUACCUCAUUCUGCCUAGGGAUGCCUUGUAAACACAUUUUCCCCCCAGCGCUGUGUGCGCUGAGAGAGCUGUGACAUUAUCUCCUGCGGAGAUCCCCAUGUUGUUCUAGCCUGUGUCUGUGUUUUGAUUCAGACAAUAGCUGGGCAUGCAUGGGCUCCAGACACUGACCAGAGGACCACCAAAAUAAGGGAAGCCUGCUGUUACAUUGUAAACACACCACCACCAAUGGGACAGUGAAACUUUGGAUUUAAUUGAAGGGUGGAUGCGCAGAGAUGGAUGUAAUCAUUUUUUCCAGACUUUGGUAUAGAGGAAGCGGGACUCCUAAGAAGCUUUUUUCACCUUAGCAAUGUUUGUCUAUAUCUAUAUUUGAAAGGUAACUGCACUCAAUAAAUUUCAUCUGAUCUCUAGGAAUGAAAUAGGUGCCAUAUGCUGCUUAAGUAUUUGAUCUCCUGUGAGGGUCUGUUGGGAGCGGAGAGCAUUGUGCUUUGCUUCAUGUUUUAACCUCUUCGUAUGGUGUCCUCCCCCGCAUCUUCUGUGCUCUCUGCCCUUGUGUGGACAGCUUAUGCCCUCAGCCUCCCGGUGGCAACCCUCAUUAGGAUCAGGAGCUGAAGCCACAGAUUGGCAGGCAAAGCAGCAGGGAAUCUUGCCUUUGGGAUAGAUGCUGGUGACAACACUAAUGCUACCCUGGUUUACUGAAGGAAUACAGUUUUUUUUGUUUUGUUUUUUUUCUCUACUCCUGACUAUAACCCGCGCACUACUUUCACUAACCAUGAGUGAUUGGAAAAGGAGAGCUAAACGGGUUGUCCUACCAUCCCAGAGGCUGUAUUGAUUUUCCUCCAUUCAGUCUUCAUUUGAUUGAGACCCAGCUAUGUGAGAGGAAGGUGAAAAAGAGAGUGAGUGUGUUACAGAGAGUAUUGAGCUCUGUUAACUGAAGAAGGCUGCAGACACCCGGUAUAGAUCAGGUGGGGGGCAGGCAGUUCUCCAGUUUCAGGCCAGCUGCCUUAUGGGUGACACACCACAAACCUGACCCACCUGGAUAGCACCCAGAACAAUGAACCAGUCUGAACUGACAACGGACCCAGUGCUCACUGCCAACAGCAGUCAUGGAGACUUCUUUACUGGCAGGGCCAACCACUCGUGUCCCUUGGGCUGGGGACUGAACGAAGGCCUAGAGGCUUGCGUCCUGGAGACUGCUGUCAUUGUACUUCUGACUGUGCUCAUUAUUGCAGGAAACCUGACGGUGAUCUUUGUGUUCCACUGUGCCCCUCUGCUACACCACUACACCACCAGCUACUUCAUCCAGACCAUGGCCUAUGCUGACCUGCUGGUGGGUCUUAGCUGCCUGGUCCCCACCCUGUCUCUGCUCCACUACCCAGCAGGUGUCCAGGAGCCCAUAACAUGUCAGGUCUUCAGCUACGUCAUCUCGGUUCUGAAGAGUGUUUCAAUGGCCUGCUUGGCUUGUAUCAGUGUUGACCGCUACCUGGCCAUAACUAAACCACUGUCUUACAACCAACUGGUGACGCCAUGCCGGCUACGAGGCUGCAUCACCCUAAUCUGGGUCUACUCUAGCCUGGUUUUCUUGCCCUCCUUCUUUGGUUGGGGAAAGCCAGGCUAUCAUGGGGACAUUUUCGAGUGGUGUGCUCACUCUUGGCCCACCUCUGCCCUCUUCACAGGCUUUGUGGUGUGUUUGCUCUAUGCCCCUGCUGCACUCGUGGUUUGUUUUACCUAUUACCAUAUCUUUCGCAUUUGCCAGCAGCACAACAGGGAGAUCAGUGAACGACGGGCACGUUUCCCAAGCCAGGAGAUGGAGGCUGGGGAGGGGGGUGGCGGUGGGCAUCAUGGAGGGCAUGGACCAGAUCGGCGAUAUGCGAUGGUGCUGUUCCGCAUCACCAGCGUUUUCUAUAUGCUUUGGCUGCCCUACAUAAUCUACUUCCUGCUAGAGAGCUCCCAUGUGCUGGAUAGCCCUGCCCUCUCCUUCAUCACGACCUGGCUGGCCAUUAGCAACAGCUUUUGCAACUGUGUCAUCUACAGCCUUUCUAAUAGUGUGUUCCGCCUGGGCAUGCGUAGGCUUUCACAGACGAUUUGCUCCUUCAGCCACUGUGCGGCCGAUGACAGGGACUUUGGUGAGCCUAAACCAAGGAAGAGGGCAAACUCAUGCUCAAUCUGAAGGGAUGACUUUUUUAGGAUGAGGAUACUACUGGAAUCUACGAAUGGGGAACAUAAAUCUUAACAAGCUUAGCUGCUAGUUCACUUUCAGUAACAUUGGCAGGGCUUAACCAAACAGAAAACUAUUUAUGUUGCAUCAGCCUGUCAGCUGACCCCAGUGACAUUGCCUGGGUCACAAUAAACCAUAAUUUAUUGCAUUACAAGCUUUUCAAGAUGAUUUUCAUUGUCAAAACAGAGAGAUAUAAUGAGAUCGGCAGUCUAUGAUGGCUUAUUCUGUGGUAUGUGACUUGGCUGUGGAUCCCAUAGACAGUAGUCUCCCCAUGGAUUUCUUAGCCUUUACAUCUCACUGUAUGUCAUCAGCCAGGUCAGACAUAGUGGGAAAACAAAACUCUAAACUCUAAAAAAAUAUCUCCUCAAACAUCAAAUGUGACCACACUAUUUCAUGCCUGUUAAAGUUUGUUAGUGGUUGUGAAUUGAAUCGACCUUCUAUUCGAUGUGUCCGUACUGUCAAUGACUGUCAUUAGCAAAGACUAGAUAACCUACACUUACUACUACUCAUACUGCUCGUUUUAAAGGUUGUAAAUGGAUAUUUGACUUUUUAACUGUACAAACACACACAGUUGCAAUGACAGCCAUUAUGCUGCUGAUGAAUAACCUUGACUGUUUUCUAGAGGAAAGUGCACAGUCCAUUUCUGCUGAAGUAUUUUGUGUUGAGUCUGUAAACAUGAUGUACUGGUCAGGUGUUCGGAACCAUUGUUGUUGGUUGAAAUUUGGAUAGGGUUGUUUACUUGGAUCUUCUGCAAAAUAUGGUACGUAAUGUAACGAUGAACAGCAAUGUUAAACCGUAAAACUCCAAUAUAGCACUGUUUAGAAGUAAAGCAAAACAUACAUCACAGCAUUAGACCAAUGACUGUAAAAUGUUUUAUCUUAACUAAGGGUUAUAGUAUAAUAUUUAAAUACAGUUAAAUCCUCCAAAAUGAGAAUGAAUAAAGUUUUCACUUGACUCAACAUGGUAACCUAUCUGUAAUGUAGAUAGUCAAAUUGUCUACACAUUUAUCACAUUGCCUACUACUUUAGUGUAAACUGUAUCUGAUUUUCCACAGAUGACAUGCUGCUUCAUUGUUUACUAAUUUAAAUAUUAGCUGAUCGUGGUUGGUCACCAAUUGAUUGGUGCAACCCUCCUAAAAAGCACCUUAUUUCCAGAAUUCAGACAAAGGAUGUGACCAUUUGACACUGAGGCCUUUAUAUUGAAAGCAGUGCACUGAUGCCCGUGGCAGAUAACUACCCAGCACAGUUUUUUUCCCAAGGUCCCCCCUUGCGCUUAUGAAAUAGCACAACAGCGCCAGCAUUCCCACCAUUUGUGUGGCAUUCCUGAUAUGGCUGUGUUAUGAGUAUUCUGCUAACAGUUUGAUGCAUGAGCGCUCAUGACAGCCAUUUCUAACCAGCAAAUAAAUAGUACAUCCCGCUUGUAUGUAUAGGGCCAUGUAUACUAGAUAGUGAACAAACAACAGAAAUGAAACGGCAUGAUUUAAUUAUGAAUUGACAUUAUUAUUUAUAAUGUAAAAGGUUUAGUUUAGAAACAGAUUUCUCUAAUUAAGCUGAGGAUAUUCCUUUUUUAGCUGCACCUCCUGGUUCUAGCUUUUAACGCACUCACAAAAGUCCCUUCAAGGUAAGAAAAGUGAUAGUAGUGGCAGUGUAAACCAGAACCACGUUGGCUGGUUUUUGGUGCUUUGCAUCAGUGACACAGUUAUCUUUAUUAAAGAUGAUAGUAGGUUUUAUUUCCUAGAAGUGGUAGACAGGGUCUCAGGGUUAAUGUGAUCUGAUCUGUUUGGAGGUCGCUGUAAGGUUAAAACGUAACUGAUCUGAGAUUACAUGCUUGGUUGUAUAAACGUUUAAGGGUAUAGUUGCUUAUCUUGUGGAGGUUUGUUAAACUAUUGGCUGGACAACCCUUAUUACUUUUAAAUUACAGUCUCCCAGUCUCUUUCAGCUGUACCAAUUAUGUUACACUUGCUGAUUUAAAAUAAUAAUAAUUAAUAAAAAAGUUACUGCUCCUCAAGCUACAGGCCUGAAUGUCUUGUGUGCACUUAUCACAGGGUCGAUUCUUACUGGGAAUCACACUGUAAAUUUGGGCUUGUUGAAUUUUCCUUUUCUUUUUUCAGGAUGUCUUUGCAACAGAUGACUGUAGUGUUUAUUAUUAUUAAUGGAUUGUUUGUGGGAGAUGGAUAGUUAACUCCAUUCUGCUAAAAGAUUAUAGUUAUUUUGUUAUUUUACUGUGCCCAUUCCAGCUUGGUCAAAUGUGAAGACUGUUCCCCAAUCUGAUGUGGGCUUUUAAAACCAAUCCAAAAACUGCCACUGGUUAUGACUCUAAUCCUUUGCUACAGCACUGUAGUAUAGUCAUUCCAGUCAAUUUACCUUGUACAUUCCCUUGAUCAUUGGAUCAGUGUCAAAGCAAAAUUCAUUUCACAUGAAUACAGCCACGUACUAUAGCCAAGAACUUAUACGGAUUUCCCUCUUUGAUCAUGUAGUAGUGUCAUCUGUGGUUUAGGCCUUGCUUGUAGUGUAUAUUUGUCCAUGCUAGAAACCAAGUGACACUGCAAAUUCAGCUCCUUGAUAUUGUAACUGCAUUCUAUGCUGCUGAACAGUAGCCUGUGUAAUUCAUUCCUCAUUUUAAAGCUGCAUUAAGUGAUUGAACACUAGGAUGACACAACAGAAAGACUCUGAGCCUUCAGCUUUUUAUAUUUUAGUGAAAAUAAAUUUGCUACUUCACAUCCAGCAAAAAUAGAGCUACAUAUUCAUUCCAUUCAAGAGUCUUUCUGGCCGUUCUGAUGAAUGUAAGUACAAUAUUGUUUUUAAGCAAAGAUUUGGUAAACUAACAUCACCAACAGAAAACGUCUGUUUUGGGUUAUCUACAUGCUCUACUUUCUUUACCAGCCACUCGUUUACUUUGGCUCUCGGCAGGUAGCCUACAGUCAGCUUGAAAUAAUCACGUGCUGGGAGUGGCUGCCCAGGGUUUGUACUGUAUGUUCCCGUUUUGAUGGUUCAGACAACUAAGAUGACCAAAUCUGUGUAAAGCUGCAGUAUAUGGUGUUGAUUCUUAGCGGGAUCAUCAGCAUUCAUCUCCCUUUAACAUAAUCAGGAGUUGUUUGAUUCAGUGUAAAAGAUAUUGCUUUAUGCAGCUUUAAUGCAUUACAGAUUGUUCUGUAUACGUGCCUAAAGAUGUAUUUUGUAGGAAAAGUGAAAAGAAGAUGUUGAGAAGUAAUUACUGUUACAUAAACAUGCUGCACUUUUUUAAAAUCAUUUUCCAGCUACAUGAACAUCGAACCCUUUGACCGUGUACACACCUGAAGGUACAUUGUCGUUGGAUUCAGUUUUCCGUGACUGAUAGUUCAGACUUCUGCCUUCAAAUGGGUACAUGUUUCACUAUCUGACGUCUACAAUAUAUCUGUAAGAUAAGAGGAGACAGCAGAUUUGUCUAAGUCUUGUGAAUUCCCUUCUAUAGCCAUAUGACCUGGCAUAUAUGAGGAAUAGCAGUCGGGAACCACAGCAUAGCCGUGUCAAAUACUAGACUUGCGAUGAUAUUCUUUUUAUUUUGAUAGCUUGUGUUUUUGGUGCUUCUUUGGAGCAUAGUGCAGUUGGGUAGUAGAAGAAAUGUAUAGGAUCUGAAUUAGUGCUAUAUUACCGUCACAAUAUGGUGACACACAACAACAUAUAAUGAAGAAAACAGAAGAAAGCAAAGUUCUGUAAUAGCCUAAACAAUAGCUCUGUUGUUACCAUAUAAUGUACAAGUUGGAAUAUACCAUUCAAGUGGAGAUUAUAGUAUUUGGUCAAAAGUUGCACAAAUAUGCAUUCCUUUGGUGGGCUUUUUUUUUGUAGCGGGUUAUGUGACACGUCUUGGCUCAAGUUUUCAAAAAUCCUAGAGCCACUGAAUGAAUAUUUAAAAAAUAAAUUGUUUAUAUGUGUCUGUAUUACACUGACCAAACUGAAGUGGUAGAAAAUCAAAACUGUUAUCUUGUUCAAACAAGUGAUCUUACUUUGAAGUGCAUUGAUCUGGGCUUUUAGUAAAAAAAAAGGUUUUAUUAAUUAAAGAAUAAUAUGUAUUUAUUUAUUAAGUUAUGUUUAAACCUUUACACAAUAUACUGUAUAUGAGUAUACUGUAUGUAAAGUGUGUAUUUGUUUUAAAUCUGCUGUACAGCCAAAAAAAUCUGCCAAAUUCUGACAAAGGUAUGGCAUACCAUUUGUGUUAAAUCAACUAGGCUGCUGAUGUUUUAAAUAGGAGGCAGAGUGUGUUAAAUUACAUAGUAUCUAUUUUUUUAUUUUGAAAUUUUGUCAAAGACUAUGGUUUUGUUGUUGCUACCAACCCAAUAAAGGUGAAACUAGUAGAAAUUCA